AUGCAUACUCCCUCGCAUCCCCGCGGUGGCGCACGCGCAUCCCCGCGGUGGCGCAUGCGCAUCCAAUGUCAUAUCUUCCACUCCAUCACCAUAACAAUCUCCGCAGUCCACACACGCUUCAUCCAGCGCGUCGCCAAGACCGCCCGCCUCGUCCGCCUCGUCCGCGAGCUCUGCUUCCACGAGCGCACCAACGGGUUCGCCAGGGACACCCGCCCCCCCGGGCCAUGCGCACGAUCCCCGCGCAUGCGCUCCCGCGCCUGCACACCCCGCGCUUCAAGCGCAUCGCGUUCCAGCAGGUCCCCCAUCGCGUGCCCUUCUCCACCACGCUCCGGCGCUUCGCCCGCGUCCGCACGCUCGCCUUCGCCGGCUGCGCCUUCCCGACGCUCCGCGCCUUCGAGACGCUCGUCGCCGCGCCGCCCGGUCUCGCUCGACCUCGUCUCCUGGGGCUUCGGCGCCGACGAGCGGCGCAACAGCGCACGCCGCUGCCCGCCUCGCCUCGCGCUCCACGCCGUCGAGCUCAUGCGCCACGCGGACCCCGCGCGCUUCGCCGCGUGGCUCUUUCGCAUGCCCGCCCCGCCGACCGCGACGGGCGCGCCGCUGGAGCGGCUGACGUUCGAGAUGUGGCUGAACGACGGGCGGCAGCUCGCCAGCCCGUGGUGGGACGCGGUCGCCGCGCUGCUCGACCAGCCGUGCUUUGCGGGCGUGCGGGAGGUGCUGGUCAUGUACCGCGGCGACCUCAGCAUGAAAAUUACGACGGGGUCGUUGGAGAACCGGUUUCCGGAGCUCGCGAGGAGACAUGUGCUGCGCGUCACGGACGUCUCGCCGUUCCUCGCGGGGAGGAUCAGGUGA